AUGUCACUAGACAAGGUAAUCCCAUCCUUAUGUGUGUUGUGUGUCAUGCUUGCUCAGGUUACUCUGCAGUUGCAACCGAUGUUCAAGCGGUCCGUCACGUUCUUGGAGCGCGACGACUCGGACUUGGCAGCACAGGUGGCCGUGUGGGGCCAUCUGCACGAGUUCGGCGACAUGACAUGGCUGCCACGCCAGGGGAAGGUCAUCUACCGCGAGGAUGACCGUGUCGAUGUCUCGUCGCCCGGCGAUGGCCUCAACGACUACCUCGGCUUCCGCUCCUUCCCGACGCUGGGGCUCAUCAUCGCAAGAGUCGCGGAGGAGCAUGUGGAGGAAAGCAACGACAUGGCACGGUGCCUAGCCGCAGGGGUGCUGCCUGCAUCAUUCCCCAUGCAGGCGUAUGGCUUCACGAACGACGGUUCCUCCUUCACGGGAUACCCGGUGGUCGGGUACCAGCACCGCAUCCAGGCGUCCGGCUCAUGCAUCGAUGCCAAGGACAACCUGCUCCGCUCCUCAUGCCCAUGGGACCCACGCGUCCGAAGCCUCUUCUUCUACAACACUGGCUUCAGCGUCACGCUCUCCAAAGCCCCAGCGUUGGUCGCCGACAUGCAACGACUCCGCGACCUGAACCCGCGCGCCCUAUGCAGCCUCGACGCGAAGAUGGGCAUGCUCAUCCGCUACGUUGGGGCCUCCUCCGCCUACCUCGGCAAGACGGAGGACUCGGUCAACUUUGACUUCACCUACUACCGGAGCUACACCCAAGGCAGGCCGCGUGCUCACUCUGAUGUGAUCGACGAGCUCGAACAAAUGGCUUUGCGCAAGUAUGGCGCAGUCCCGCAAUGGGGCAAGAACCGCAACUUCGCCUUCGACGGCGCCAUCGCCAAGUACGCAAAGGCCGGCGAGUUCCUCAAAGUGAAGGAGAGGUACGACCCAGACGGGGUCUUCUCUAGCGAGUGGAGCGACCACGUGCUCGGCAUUGAUGGUAGCCCCAACAUAGUCCAAAAGGGUUGCGCCAUCGAAGGGCUUUGCAUAUGCUCUCACGACUUGCACUGCGCGCCAGAACAAGGCUAUUACUGUCGGCCUGGAAAGGUGUACACGGAGGCAAGGGUAUGCUCCUUCCGACCCACCUCACACCGCGACCACAACGACGAAAUAUGAAUCUAUCAUGGAUGGGUCAAGAAGCGGUGCGAUCUAAUGUUGAAUUAGUAUGCUUUUGUAAGCG